UCCCCUCUGAAUAUUGUCUCGAAAAGCAAAAGCUCCUCUGAAUCGGAGUGAGGAAGAAAUUGUGGGAGCAACAGCAGAGGAUGAGAGGAGGCAGCAACGCCGCUCGACGGCGUACGCCCGGCCCGGCAGCCGUCGGCUCGCCGGUGAACUCGUCCGCCGCCACACGCCCUCCACCCUCGCCGUGGUGGCAGGCUAGAUGCAGCUCAACAACUGAGGCGAGAGAUCCCGUUUCCUUUCAACAGGCUUGCUCUUGAUUUCUCUCAGUCUUUCCGAUUUAUUUCAAUCUCAUUAGCUGAGCAAGUGGUUUGCGGAUUAAAUUUGAGAAUACGGAUUGAUUUAUUUUAAUCAAAUUAUAAGUUAGGGUUUGAAGGCCCAUGGCAGCAGGCUAGCAGGGGCAAUUCCGAUUCCUUUGGACAGUUUUAUUUCAAUGUUAACUGAAUAAAUGAUUCAUGGAUUGGUUUUUGUUUUGUUUUGUUUUGUUUUAUACAGAUUUGAUUUUGAGGGGGGUUGGCUGAAUUUUCUCAGGUUGACGUUUAAGGUUUCAGUUAUGGCCCAUUCGGAGAAUAAAAGUAUCCACUCCAUCAAUAUCAUGAUACAAUCAUGCAAAUAUCGUAUUCGAACCGUAUACAUACCCUUUAGCAACUUUGAGAACUAAAUAUACGCUUUGGGGCUCCUUUGGACACAAAGAAAUUUCUGCAGACUGAAACUGUAGUAGGACUUGGUCAGUGCAUGCCAAGUCUCUCCUUGACAAAUACGCAAUGCUUGAUUUGUUGUUCAACUUCGGGCUAGUUGAAUACUAGAUUCAGAUAAUGAAGUGUUGGCAGCUAAGAACCAAGAGUUGGUUCUCAGUUAAGUCAGUUUGAUUGAUGCAGAGAAAAAUAUGUGGUCAGUGCAUGCCAAGUCUCUCCUUGACAGAUACGCUAUGCUUGAUCUGUUGUUCAACUUCGGGCUAUUUGAAUACUAGGUUCAGAUAAUAAAGUGUUGGCAGCAAAAAACCAAGAGUUGAUUCUCAGUCAAGUCAGUUUGAUUGAUGCAGAGAAAGAUAUGUGGUGAUGCUUCAGCAACAACGACCGGACAGUUGGUUCUCAGUCAAGUCUGUCGCAUAGAAAGAAAUACAUGGUGAUGGCUCGUCAACAACGGCCCAAGAGAUCAGAGUGGUGUACCUGCCAUUAGGAAUCAGUCAAGUCUAUGUGAUAAAGCAACAAAAAUUGCAACCCGAUACAAAGGAUGGCGUGCAUGGAAUCGAUCCAAUUCUAGUGAGUGGAGCACUGGCAUUUUCUAUGGUAAAACGUUUUACUAUUGACCAGCAAGGUUGACUUUGCUAACCAGCAGAGGCAUCAACUUCCAAGCUCAGUGUUCAUUCCUGAAGAUACAAGUCCCCCUAGUCCCAAAUCGAUCCCUCCUUUUUUGACCAGGAACCAUGACUUUGCUAACCAGCAAUGACCAGGGAGGCAGGGGCAGAGCAUAAAAGGAGUUUACAGAGACAUGAACUAUUCAACUUCCAAGCUCAGCGUUCAUUCCCGAGGAUACAAGCCCCCCUAGUCCCCGCAAAUGGAGAUUUUCAUUUCUGCGUUGAUGGGUGAACUCAUAUCAAGAUCCAUGAGUUCCAUCAUCAACAAAUACUCCAAGCCACCGGCGGAGGCCGUGGAGGCUGGCUUAGAGAGGAUUCUACUCAGGGGGCAGGUCAUCAUCGGCGAGGCCAUGGGGCGGCACAUCACAAACCACGGAAUGCUCCAGCAGCUUAGUAUGCUGAGGUAUGCCAUGUACCAAGGCUACUAUGUGCUCGACACCUUCAGAUGCCAAGCGUACCAACAAGAGGAGAAUAUUCAGGCUGUCAGUCAAUCUGGGGUCGUGUCCAAAUUUCGUUAUGCACAACGGCUCUGUCUCUCCAGCAGCAACAGCAAAAAAACAUCACAAGCGCUUGAAGAGGCUCUCGACGGUUUGAGAUCCAUGAUUCUUGAUGCCAGUGAGAUGGUGAGGUUCCUGACAACAUAUCCUCGCUUGCAUCGUCAACCUUACAGCAUGCAUCUCUUGCUGGACAAGUGCAUGUUUGCCCGCCAGAGGGAGACAGAAGUAGUUAUGAACUUCCUUCUGUGCACACAAUCUUGUACUAGUAGCUUUGAUGUCCUCCCAAUUGUUGGUCCGGAGAAUGUUGGAAAGAGCACUCUUGUCGGUCAUAUCUGCGAAGACGAAAGAGUACGUGAUCGUUUCCCCCAGAUUGUUUUUUUCAGGCAUGAUAAUUUCAGAGCUGAAGAUGUAGCCGCUUUGAGAGGCAGAUGUGCAGCAAGACAUGAGAAUAAUGGGAGAUUGCUGAUCAUUAUCGACGUAGUUGGGGAUCUUGACGAAGAUCUGUGGGAAAACCUGUGCUUUCUUUGCCGGCAGAGCACUACAUGUGGUAGUAAAAUCAUUAUCACAAGCCGGUCUGACAAGAUCACAAAGCUUGGAACAACACAGACUCUAGUACUGAAGCAUCUGUCUGAUGAGGCAUUCUGGUAUUUUUUUUAAGGUGAUUACGUUUGGAAGUACAGAUCCCAAGAUGCACCCGAGACUCGUGUAUUUGGCAAUGGAGAUAGCAAAAUUGAUGUAUAACCUCGCUGAAGCAAGCAUCACUGCAUGUGUGUUGAGAGCCAAUUUUAACAUCAAUUUCUGGUGCAAGGUUCUGGCAUUCCGACGAGGGUGCAUGCAAAAGCAGCUCUGUAAGUCUGGGAUGCAUCCGUGUGAACUUCUCAGUGCGAAUAGACCUGUGUAUCUUCAACGAAUGGGAAGAACUACUGAAGAUGUUCUUGUUCUUGGUACUAAUCAGACAUGCUCUUCUGAAGAGGAAGUUCCCAAGAUAACGGCCGUAGAUGUUUUGUAUGGAAUCGCCAGGCCUCAAGGUGGGACAUUUAAGGUCCUUCUAUGGAAGUCUCGGAUACCGCCCUACCAUACCUACAUCCAAACUUAUGAGAUUCGAGAGCUGCAAGCCAGAGCGGUGAAGAGGAAGCGCCCUCUGAUGAAUGGCAUUAGACAUGUUUAGUUUUGUUAAUGUCUCUCUUGCGCCAGUGCUUCAGCACCGACACUGCGGAAGCCUGAUACGUACGCAGGUCAUCGUCAACUACAUAUGUGUGACCGCUGACAAACUCAGGAUCACAUGAAUGGCAUGAUCUUUUAUCUUUCCUGAAGGAGCAGCCUAUCUUGAACGGGUCAAGGCUUGGAUCCAGCAGCGUCUUUAUGUCGCGAAUGCAAGGUCCUGACAAGAAUCCAGCCACGUCUAGUCCCGCGGCGCUGUUGUAAAGAUUGUUGAAACUGCCGCACAGAUGAGAGGUUCUUGCCAUGCUCUUCAGGAUGCAUCCUAUGGGGUAGGUCAUGAAGCUGAGGAGCAGGUCCACGAACUCGUGCUUGCACUCUGCAUACAUGACCUUCCUGUCCUUUCUGUCAUAGAAAAGCUUGAUGAGGACCUGUGGAUAAUAUUCAGAGACUGUAGGAUCGCCGGUUUCUUGAUAUCGAGGCUUGGGAAUCGUGGGUAAGAGCUCUGCGAGUAAUGAUCUUUUUGCCAAAACUGUGUGAACAGCUUGACCAUUUCCUUUCGCGAGAAACACGUCAGUGAAUAUGGUGGUGGAUGAGAUACAGGUCUUGAGCAAGGAAACCACCUGAAAUUUAUGAAAAGAAUUGGAACCAUUAGUGAUAGGUAGCUCGUAAGCAUCAGGCCAAACAAAUUCAGUUUGGGUCAGCUGCCUGAAUUUUCCAGUGCCGCUUCCAACAAUUACCCUUUAGAUCAACAUCGACUCAACGAUUCUCAAUCCUCACCUCAAAAUCACUUUAAGGCUCCAUAUAAACUACUAUUACUAUUUCACAAUCAUUUCAGUUAAGUUACACACCUUCUAAAAGAGUAUUCUUCAGCUUAUAGUAGUAUUUAGAGUAAAAUGCAUUGGCAGUGACUUUAAUUUAGUAUUUACUAUGUUGGAAAUUUUCCAGUGAGUUUUGGUCGCAAGUUCAGUUACGUCAGCAACCUUGCUGGGCCUUGGACCUUGGGCUGGCAUCAAAGGAAUGGGAUUGAAGCCACGCCCGGAAGCCAGCAGCUCCUACAAGCAGGAGGCGAGGGUAUCGAGAUCAAGCAAACUAUCCCGUUGGAUCAGGCAAAAACGGCACGGCGGCUUCCUCGCCCACCUCGGGUCUUCUUCCUCAAUCUCCUUAUUGCUGUUUGAUUAUCUGCAACCAAUUGUUGUACUCUUGAGUGAAUCU